UGCUACGCAUUGUUUAAAUUGAAAUAAGGUUCUACUUUGCGAAAUCAUGGCGACUAACUAUUUUCAAAAUCAAGGUAAUGCCUUGAUAGUUCAUAAAGUUUAUGGAAACGUGUCACCAGUAACGAACAAUGGUCAACACAGCAACCACCAACCACGACAUCCCGAAACGGUACGGAUCAAUGUUCACAAUCCGCAGCAUGAUUUCGUUGGACGUUCGAAUGAAUUGGCCAUUUUGGAUCGAGAAAUAACCAGCCCACGGACACCACGUAUUGCCAUUGUCUGUGGUUUGGGAGGCGUUGGGAAGACUCAACUUAUCAGGAAAUUCAUUGACAAAAAUCAGUCGACAUUCGAGAACAUCAUCUGGAUUGAAUCACAGCAGCGAGUAUCACUGGAGGAUAGCAUUAGGAAAAUAGCGAAAGAAUUGAAUAUGGCAACGGAAUCGGAUGACUUCAAUCGUGUCGUCGAGAAAUUGUUCAACACAUUGUCCAAGACAAGGUCGCUGAUCGUUUUCGACAAUGUCGACGACAGAGAGCACAUACGAUUCGCUUUCACGCUAGCUACAUGUGAGCGGAAAUUGUUUCUGAUCGUAACAUCACGACUGCGCGAAUGGGGCGAUUCCGUUUGUGUUAUUCCGUUGGACGUAUUCACUUUCGAUGACGCUUACGCGUUCGUAUCGAACACCUUGAACGGUGAAAACAAAGACGACAUUGAGACGUUGAUCAAGGAAUUGCAAUAUUUCCCAUUGGCAUUGCGACAAGCUAAGGCCUAUAUCAAUUACGAAAAGAAGGAACUCAAUCCAAUGUUCACAAUUGCUGAUUACCUCAACAUUUACAAUAACUCGAACGCACAACGGCUUCUCAACUUCGAUAUUGAUAAAACGGACCUAAGCUACACGUACGAUAGGACAACAUUUACAACGUGGGAUGUCACUAUUCAAGCGCUAAAACGAUCCGGGACAACUGGAAAAUUGGCUUUGAGGAUUCUGGACGUGAUCGCGUUCUUCAACCCGGACCGAAUUCGCAGAGAUAUUUUCUUCCAUCUAAUGAGAGAUGACGGUGACGCCACCAUGAAAAUCCGAGAAGCUGAACAGAAUGUGAUACUGGCUGUCCGGCUCCUUGUCGAUUAUUCGAUGGUAAACCGGAUCGAUUGUCCGGUGUAUACCGUACAAAUUCACAGAUUAGUCCAGGAGGUACUGAAAAUCAACUUAUAUAAAACCGACGAGGGAACAGAACGGACACUGCGCGUUGGUCUUGGUUUGAUUGCAGAAAUGAUUGACUCGAAUGCUCUGCAUGAAUGCCAUGAGCAUGCCAUUUUAGUGUUUGUAUUUGCGUUAAAGUUUGAAAAUUUGGUGAAAACGUUCAAGACCGUUCCGCAUCAAAUUUUGUUCAGCUUAAAUGAGUGGCGAAAGACCAAUGUCGCUUCGGAUUUUGGUGAAAAAAUCAUAAAACCCUUCACCGAUAUCAUCGGGAUAGACGAUUUGGAUGGCGUUUUGACGAAACACGAUUUUGGUUGUGCGUACAAUGACCUCGGAAAGCAUUCCCAUGCGCUGAAAAUAUUCGAAGAGGUAUAUAGCGCUCAGUAUAGAAUUUAUGGCAAGGACAACGCGCGCACAAUUUUAUCUUUGAAAAAUGUUGCCAGCGCAUAUCAAGACCUUGGAAAGCACAAAGAAGCAAAUGAAAUUUUCCACAAAGUUUACGUUUGGCGGAAGUCAAAUCUGGGAGAAACCAACCCCGAAACGCUCAAAAGCAAACACGGCAUCGCCUUUUCUAAUCGCACGCUGGGAAAAUACGCUGAGGCCCUGCAAAUGUUCCAAGAGCUCUAUGCCGAAAGUAUUGCGAUUUUAGGUGAAUCUGCAAUGGAAACGAUUUUGACCGCACAAAAUAUGGGUUCUCUAUACCUUGAAUUGGGUAGGCAUUCAGAAGCGCUUCAACUCUAUUUGAAGGUGUUGGACAGGGACAAGAACGCAAUGGCAGAGAUGAAGAAUGGCGAUGAAUACGCUUCGAGACAUUUGAAAACUACAUUUUACAUUGCAUGCGCUUACCGCGAAUUGGGACACUACUCCCAAGCGAUCGAAAUGUUUCAGGACGUGCUCGACAAACAAAAAUCGAUUUUUUGUGAAGAUCAUCCUGAAAUAAUUUUAACUGAAGAAAACAUUGCCACUGUGUACCUUCAGUCGGGUGAAACGUCUGAAGCACUGCGGAGAUACGAAGAUGUUUUGAAUAAAAGAAACAAAGUUUAUGAUGAGGAUCAUCAGAUGUGUCUUAUAACUAAGUUUAACAUUGCCGAGACAUUACGUCGUCUGGGCAAAUAUCCUGAAGCGCUGCAAAUAUUGGAAGGCGUUCUGGUCAAACAGAAAAACCUUUUCGAAGGCAUACAUCCACAAAUAAUGAGGACGGCGUUCUACAGAGCUCUUGUUAGUUUUGAACUGGAUAAACGAUCGGAAAUGGUUCAGCCGAUGGAACAAGUGAUUGAUCAAGUAAGGCAUUUUCUUGGCGAAUCACAUGCGGAAUUACUAAAGGCUAGAUUCCACAUAGCAACUUCAAACCGUCAUCUGGGCAAAUAUCCCGAGGCUCUCGGUGAGUUUCUAGACAUUUACGACAAACAGAGGAAUCUUUAUGGCGACGUUCAUCCGGAAACACUAAAAACAAAGUUCAGCAUUGGCUUUACAUACUACAUGAUGGGAAGAUAUGCUGAGGCGUUAGUUGCAUUGCAAGACGUUUUCAUCGAACGUAAAAAACUGUUCGGGGAAAAUAAUCCAGAGACAAUCAGUGCAAAGAGCGCCAUCGCAACAGUACGAUCACGAAAGUAUUCAAAAGAGCUGCAAAUGCUGAUAUUGCUGCUACUUUUACCGGGAUUCAUUGCAUACGGUUUGUUCCUCAUCUAUACCAUGAGGUUACCGGAGAAAUGAUCCAUGAUUUCUCAGGGUCGUCAACAAUUCCGAUUGUAAAUAUACUUGUGGCUAACAAAAACCUAUGUCUUCAAUGUUAAAAUAAAUACACGGGAUUCACUCCCGAUGUGUUGUGUUUUUAGGAAAAAAUAUCCAAUUAGAAUCAGAGGGACGUCACGCAAAGUUUUGGAAAAACAUGUUUAAGGUAAAGCUGAAAGGGCUAAGAUUUGCGGUUGUCACGAGAACGAUUCCCACAAUCUAAUUUACUUCCACUAGAAAUGACGAUUCUAAGUUUGACUCUCUUGCUACGAGAGAGAAAUGUCGGUUGGUCGUAAAUUAUGGUUCUGUGGUGCCAUCUACAUGUAAAACGGAAAACAAUUUAUACGAAUCAAACUUAUGAAAACUUAGUUAAAUUAAACGCACUCAUUUCAUGUUUGAUCAUAUGGCAUUUUGACACUUGUCAAAUGUCUCAGUUGUUUGUGUUCAUGAAGAAGAAUAAUUUAUUUUAACAAUAAAUGUGCUGCCCAAUUAAAUUAGGUUGGGUCAAAUUCAGAAAAGUGUAUAAAAUCCAAUGUUCUUUCAUAAUAAAAUUCAUUCACUAGUUGGAUUCAACUUA